AUGGGUUACAAUUGUUCUUGCUCUCCUUAUGACGCAGCACAAGCAACAAAGGUCUCAAGUGAAACCUUGAGUAACAAGAAAAACUGGAUUCCACCAGAAAUUAAGAGAAAUUCUCUUGGAAUAAUGUUAUUAAAAACUGAGUUGAUCAGAAACGUUAGACAAACCUGUCUAAAUACACAACUCUCAACAACUCUCAACCCUUCAACUACUAGUUUUGGAAGGCCAAACGACCUCAGAAUGCUAAAAUCCAUCAUACUUCACAGCAAAGCAAUCAAAGCCUCUGGUAGUGCUACUGCAGAUGUUCAAGGGCUUGCUCAGAUCGUGGACGAUCAAAUACAAAUCAAUCUGAAGGAUACAUUUUCCGAAGCCAGCAAAUUAUAUAAGGAGACAACUGAGCGAGUUAUGAAAGAAUGCUUCCAAAUAUGCUCCGAAGAGUACGGUGUAGCUAUUCAUUACAUGGAUGGUGUCGUUGCAAAUCUGAAAUCUAAAAAUUACAGGAAUGCAAGGGAAGGUCUUACGGGCGUCUAUGUUGACGCAGACACUUGUAAGGAGUCGUUCCAUGAGGAACCAGUUCGACCAUCGCCAUUAACGAAAAAUAACAAUGAUGUAAAGGAUUUAGCUCUAAUUGGUUCGCAAAUUAUCCAUAUUCUAGGUUAA